GGAUUCUAUGACCCUAACAUUUUGUUAUUAUGUAAUUUUUUUAUAUCUAAUUUUAAAAUAAGAUUUAAUGUAUUCUAUGUAAUAACUUUUUAUUUACAAUAGAUUUUAUUUUUUUAGGUUUUCGGAAAAUUGGUUUUUGCUUUGUGAUUAAAAAAAAUAAUCUUUUUCUGUUACUUGGUAGCACUGUACAUAAAAUGGUCGUGUAUAUGUUUUUUUAUGCGUUCUUGGUGUUGAUAUGUUUAUAAAGUGUUAAACUGAAUGGCGUCGUCGUCGUUGUGGAGACAGUUCAACUGAGCAAUAUUCGCGCGGCACGCGUGCCCUGACUGAAUGCGGAGAUGAACAGCCACGAGUCCGCGCCGGAGUCGUGCAUCGAGGUGGCGUCGGAGGUUUCGGUGGAGGCGGAGACUCAGGACGAGAGUGAGGCGGAACCAAGACGCGAGAGGGAGGUCGUCAUUGUGCACUCGCAGCAGGGAGAAAUCCUGAACGUGUCCACGUCAGACAACGUCUCCCUGUUCGCAACCAAGAAACAGGUGUUCGGCUCCAAGGAGGACCUCACAUUAUACGUGCAGAAGCACCUGCGCGAGACGAAGGCAUACGUGUGCCCGCAUUGCGGCAAGGCGUUUGCCAACAGCUCCUACCUGUCGCAGCACACGCGCAUCCACAACGGCAUCAAGCCGUACGGCUGCGAGAUCUGCCAGCGCAAGUUCACGCAGCUGUCGCACCUGCAGCAGCACACGCGGACGCACACGGGAGACAAGCCGUACCGCUGCAGCCAGGCAGGCUGCGGAAAGACCUUCUCGCAGCUCAGCAACCUGCAGAGUCACUCGCGAUGCCACCAGGCAGAUAAGCCCUACAAGUGCGGGUCCUGCUACAAGUGCUUCGCCGACAGCCUUUCCUUUUUCGAGCACAAGGAGCUGUCGCACCUGAAGACACACGUGUGCCCGCACUGCGGCAAGCCGUACGCGCACAAGAUCUCGCUCAUGAAGCAUGUGCGCAAGCACUCGGAGCAGGCCCUGGCCGCGGCGCACCGCAGCGUGGGCACGGACACCUGCGAUGGGCCCGGCUUCGACCCCCACGAGUAUCUCGGGCCGCACGACGACCGCGCGUCGCCCGAACGCAAGUUCCACCCCGCCUUCGUCGAGGCCCACGAGGCUGCGGCAGCGGCGGAGAAGAUGUAGUCCCCCUGGACUGACGUGCCGUGGCGACAGCGAGUGACAUGAGCCGUACAUUCUGUGUUGUCAGCUUUCGGUCCGAGCAUUGUGUAUUACAGUUUUAGUGGGUGAACUUGCAGAGAACUGAGAGUUGUAAUAUCCGAUGCUGUAAUAAAUGAUCGUCUUUUUGUGGCUAUUAGAGCACCGUGCUUUGUGUGUGUAGUGUCAUCUCCCCGCUGUUGCUUUUUGUUUUGAUGUUUGGAUGCGUCUGUGUGAUUGACUCGUACUCGGAGCAUUGUUUGACAAAGAGCAACAAUUUGGAUACAGACUAAAAGGAUAGAGUAAUUUUUAACUGAGCUAACGUUUGCUAAAAUCAUGAUACUUUUGAGACAGAUAGUGAUAAAAUAUGUUAGAAAUUAAUUAUCAGUAGUUGAGGUUCUGCAAAAUGAAUUGUUUCAUGAGGAAUUUCAAAAUAAAUAUGAUUCAUAAAAGUAA